AUGAAUCCUCGGAAUGUGUUCCUGCUUGAUGGUACAACGACAGCCUCCGUCCAGGAACGAUUAGCCGCUGUCUUAGAAGAUAAUCGCCGACGCAAAGAAGCAAAGGAAGCAGAGAACGGUUACCAGGCCCUCCAAAGAAACGCGUUUUUUGCAAAUCCACCCGGUCAUCAAUUUCCAACUCAAGACGACUUGGCUCAAUCUUAUACUCAGCACCAAGAUCCUGAGUCAAAUUAUUCUAAUAACAAUCGAAACUUGCAAUCCGAGAGUGGUGAGCUCGAAGAGUAUUAUCGGGGCGUCAUGAUGGAGCCUAGCAAGAACAAUUACACACAGCUAACAUCCAAUAACGACUUUGCGCAGCGAGGUGGAGAUCACAAGGCUAGACAACAUGUUCUGUCCGGGGAUACCUCCAAGUAUGUAGCGUCUAACCAGUCUGUACAGCUAGGAGCUCACUCAAGCAGACUCACUUUGUGGCAAGCUGCUGAGCAUCGAGCAAUAUCACGCCAAUAUCCAAACCUAGGCGAUCAUGAGGCCGAAACCCUAUCAAGACGACUUAUCGAACAUGCAAACCCUCCCAGUCAUCUAAUCAGACCGGAAACUCUAGAGCCGUCCCAGAAUCAACAUUACUAUUAUCAAAAGAAGAGAAGACCUCGCAACGGAGGACGUAUUUGGAGAAAUCAUAAUCAUUUUGCCGGACCCCGGCAGCAACAAACAUACCAGCCAAGUAUCAGGCCCCAACAUGAGGAGAAUCGCAGAUACUCCACUGCAUACAAUCCGGCAGAUCUAUACGACAAAGAAGCAUGGGCGCAACGACGAUAUGAAACCGGACAAAUCCCCCCUCCGCCCAAUUACUUUACUCGAUCUACUACUUUCAGCGAGUCUCACUCCGGUAGUGUUACUCCCACCCACAUGCCUCGUCAAAACACAGAUUCUGAUAUUCACAAUCCAUUCUUUUCACAAGAAUCUCAUUAUCCGUCCGAUGCCACGAAUCAAAACAACAAUCCAACCCAAACUUAUAUUCCCCACACCAUUAACUCCAUGAACUUAGAACUCGACCUUCCCCCCUCCAUUGAUCCCUACGCCUCACAAUUCACUCUGGCUCCCUCCCGCAAACUCCAACGACGCAACGGUUCAUUCGUUCGCUCCGAAGAAGACUCUCAGACCUCCUCUGGAAACUACAAAGGUAAUCCACGCGCUGGCAUUCGCGAACUUCCCGAUGAUCUCAACUGUGCUCUCUGGCUCACCAAUCUCACCGCCGAUAUCCAAGCCCACGAAGUCUUUGACGAAAUCCAUACCGGUGCCGUCACUGCCUUUGAAAUCACUCGUCCGCAGGGAGAAUACGUCAUGUCUGCCGCGAAACUCAUCUUCAAGCAUCCUGAAGCGGCUGCAAGGUUCAAAGAUCAAUGCGAAAGUGCAGAAGGAAUCAUUAUUCGCGGACACAGAGUCAACGCACGGUAUAACACAUUCGGAUAUCAACGAUAUAAGUGUGAAGGUAGAAGUCGUAUGAUAUCUAUUGAGGGUCCGAGUCGCUACGUGGUAUAUGAUCAUUUCAAGGUAUUUUUUGAGACUUUUUGUGAUCAUGAGUUGUCGGGUUGGGAAUAUGUUGAGACGGCUGUGAAGGGAAAUCGGAAAAUGAUUAUGGGGUUUGCGAGGAUUAAUGGACAGGCGACGCAGUGUUUGGAGGCGUUACAGAUGCAUCCGGUUUAUGGAGAACAUUUGAUUGUGGAGUAUGCGCCGGAUCCUUGUGCGAGGGAUUUUCCAUGA